AUGGAAGAAGCACUAAAAAACCUAUUCGUGGGCGUAAAGUACGAGGAUAUGAUCGUGGAAUGUGAUCGUAGAACUUACCAUCCUUACUCCGCAAACGCCUACGACAACUCGGAUGAGAUCAAUCUUGUUAUACAGAAAGCGGAUCUCAUCACAGUCACCUAUGAUAGCGUCAUAUACUUGGAGGGAACGCUUAAUCCAACAACGCCUAAUAAAACUUAUGAUUUCACUAACAACGCGCCCCUCUUUCUCUUCGAUGAAAUUAGAUUUAUUUUGGGCGAUCAGGUGAUAGAAAUCGUUCGAUUGCCGGGGAUAAACAGCACUAUCAAGGGUUUUUGCUCAUACACGACCAACCAAAGCAGAUGCUUAUCGCAUGCAGGAUGGAGUCCUGCCGACUCUCCUCAGAUCCUCAAUAGCACGAAGACGGCUUUUUGCGCUUCCAUACCACUAAAGCAUGUGCUUGGGUUUGCCGAAGGAUACAAGAAGCCUCUAGUUAACAUACGUCAAGAGCUGAUAUUAAUUCGUUCCAAGGAUGAUAGAGAUUGCUAUAAAGGAGAGACAGAGGUUAAGAUUAAUCUUACGAAGGUAACAUGGAAGGUUCCAUAUGUAAUUCCUAACGAUGCAAUGAAGCUGUCAAUUUAUGGAAGAAUUAACAAGAAUUCGCCGAUACAAGUGGCGUUUCAUGCUCGCGACCUUUACGUAUACCCAACCUUACCCACCAGCAGAUCGUUGGUUUGGUCGGUAAAAAGCAGCACUGGUUUUCAACGCCCUCAAUGGCUACUGAUUGCGUUCCAAACUAAGAAGCGAAAUAACAAAGAAGCAGAUGCGAGCAGGUUUAAUCAUUUGAGUGUUUCCAAUAUAAAGGCGAACAUUAACAAUCGAAGAUAUCCUUAUGAGCAGCAGAAUCUGGUCUUUACCGACAAUAAGUAUGUAGACGCUUACGAAGAAUAUUUAAAUUUUCGAAAUCAAUAUUACGACGCUUUGCAAGAGGGAUCGCUUCUUAGCUAUAAAGAGUUCGAAGAUCAGCCCAUCUUCGUUAUCAAUUGCACUCGCCAAAAUGAGAGUAUCCAUAAUGUGGUGAUCGAUUUAAAAUUGGAAGUGGAAGCAUCAGCCGCAUUUGCACAUGAUACCAUCGCUUAUUGUGUAAUUUUACAUGAUGUAUUAAUCGAAUAUGAGCCAUUCACUAACAUUGUGCGCAAAAUCUAA